AUGGGAAAUAGGUUUUCAUUUGAGAGUGAUAGCGACAUUAUCAAGCUAGUUUUGAAAUUAGAUAGCAAUUCUCCAAGCACCUUGUUACAAAAAGUAGAAAAUCUUCCAUAAUUUAAGAGCAAAUAGUAGCUCUAGGAUGACUUAAUCUAUUUCUUUUAGGAUGAUUUUAAGAAAUUCCUGCAAAGAGACCCAUCAGAUCUGAUAGAAAUUAGAAAACAAAUUUAUGAAUUAGAUAGAUAAAAUAAUAAAACUGAGAAAUUAAAUGAGCUUAAUCUCUCAGGAUACAGAACUGGGGCUCAUAAUUAAGAGUUAACAAAUUAUAUUUAAAGACUAUUUAAUGGAGAAAAGGUAGAGCUUAAAACCAAGAGAAUUGUACUAAGUCUCAUUUAAGGACUGACAAUUCUAAUGAAGCAUGAAAAGCCCUUCUAUCAUUUUAAUACAAUCAUACCUCUUACUCAAUUAGAGAAAUUCAAUUAUGAAGUUAACAUGGAUAAAACAUUUGUAAAUGCAUAGGAUAAAGGUUUCCCUUUUAUUUUUGUUAAAAUCAGAAGCGGUAUAAGCUUUUAUAAAGUAACUGGACCUGGUGAAUAUAAAAGAAUAACAGGUAGUAUUAUGGGUGAAAGUUUUGUUGAAAGUAUAAUGCUUAAAUUAACCAGUUUUAAGGAUAUAAAUGAAGGGUUUAAGAUAGCCUUUUAAAAAGGUGAUAAUAAAAAUUGUGAUAUGACUGUUGAAGACAUUUAUGGAGCAGGCUGCGCCAAUUUAGGUAUUCCUAAAGAUAUAUUAGCCAGUAGCUUUGGUAAAUGUAGUCGUGAAGGACCAACAAGCAAGUAUAAUGAAGUAGAUAUAAUGAAAAGCUUAUUGAUUGCUAUUACUAUUAACACAGGUUAACUAAUAGGUCUAUACUCGUAAUUAGAAAAAAUUAAAAAUAUUGUUGUUUCAUCAUGGAAAAUAAAAUCUGAGGAGUUUAAUUUUAUCUUACAAAGCACAGCAGCAUUUUACUCAAAGAAUGAAUGCAUAGUUGAUUUCAUAAAAGAUUCCGACUAUUUAUCUUGUAUUGGAGAUUUAUUAUGA